AUGAGCCCCCCUUCUCCUAAGAAGAAGAGUGGCGGCAACAACUCCGGUCCGAAACAAAUCCGCUUCGUCUCUACCGACGGCCAACCGCAGACUAAACGACGCAGAGUCACCGCCGCUUGUUUAACAUGUCGUCGGCGCAAGAUUAGAUGUUCGGGAGAACAACCAGGUAUGGAUGAGAUGGAACCUAUAGCUAGUGCGACAGACCACUCACGCAAGUUCUACGAAUCGACCGCCCAUCUACGAUCCCAAUCUGAUUCCACCUCGCGGGUACCCCGAAUCCCUCCCUUCGGUCCCAACGAUUCUCCGCCACAGCGCAACGAGCGGGCGGUGGAGAGCUGUUCACCAGAACCAAUACCAACAGUAGCCCCAAAACCUUUCCUUAAACCAACACUCGACAAGUCGGCGGUACCAAAGAAAUUAGAUUCAAAAGAUGCUGUCGCGCGCAUUAAUAAAGAGAUUAUCUCGCAGGUCGAUGGAGAUAGUCCUGAAAGCAAUAGGACCUCUGUGAGCGCCAGUAAUCGCACACAUGUUCCAUACUUUCGAUAUUUCGGACCCACGGCCAUCGUGCCUGGCUUUAAACAAAUGGUUGUUCAAGUUCGGGGAUCACGCAAAAGUAAUCCGUCAAUGUCGUCAGAUCCAGACUCCUUGUCUUCCUUGCGCAGCCCCAGGUUAUCCGAUGUUCAACCAGGCAUUUUUGCUCCUACUUUGGACAACCAUGAUACUAGAGAUGCUAAUACGAUACCAUUUUACGACCGGGACGACCCACUUCCAGUAUCAAAACUGGUUUUUCAUUUGAGCGAGCUCUUUUUUGUGCAUCUAGGUUGCAGCUUUCCAUUUCUUCAGCGCGACAGAUUUCUUCAAGAUCUCAAGGAGAAGAAAAUCGAUACUAUGUUAGUGGAUGCCGUGUGCGCAUUAGCCGCUAGAUUCUCUCCGCAUCCUCUACUUGGACCUCCUCAGGCACCGCCCAUUGAUCGUUCACAACCACCCGCCGAUAUCAAAAUGUCAGAUCGCGGGCUGCCUUUCGCUCAUCGCGCAAUGAGUGCACUCGUCGAUUCAUUAUCUUGUCCAACACUUGCUGGAGUUAUGGCCUGCCUACUGCUAGCCUAUGAACAAUUCGGAUCUAAUCAUGACAGUGGUCUUUGGAUGUAUCUGGGAAUUUCAAUCAGAAUGGCGCAGGAUCUUGGGCUGCAAAAACAUCAAGGUCUGAAGCAUAACUAUGGUCGGAAAGGAGUGACACCAAGUGAAGUGAUGAGUGGCCAAGCUGGCAAGCUCCGAGAGGAUCAAUACGAUGACCUCGAUGUAUACAACAGUCCACAAACGGUCCCACCACCUGCUUUUGGAACAGAGCGGGCACGAGAGAGAGAACGUGUUGAUUCCUUCUGGAGCAUAUUUUUCCUUGACCGGGUCAUCUCUUCUGGAACCGGUCGCCCUGUGACCCUGCGUGAUGAGGAUAUCGAACUUUGUUUCCCACUCCAGUCCGAAUCUCAAUUGCCAAAUGGGUGGCCUGCGCCGUUUCCACCGUUGAUCCGAGUUAUUCAUCUUUACGGGAGAGUAACAGAUCUAAUUAACGGAAUUCAAGAUGUCAAGCACGUUACGGCAGACACUCUAAAGAGGCUUGCGGGCAUGGAAAGUGACCUGACCGGCAUUUACCAGCGACUUUCUCCGAAGCUUCAUUUCAAUGCUGCUAAUUUCCAAGCAUAUGUCAAAGCCAAAGAAGGAACUAAUUUUAUUCUUCUGCAUUUCUGGUUUCACACACUCAUUGUGCUACUUCAUCAACCCACUUUACUACACUCAUUUGGCGGAUCGAUACAGCAUCUCUAUCCCAAUAGCCGCGAGCUGUCAAUGUCAUCAGCCAAGACAAUUGCCGACAUCCUAUCAUUCUCCGAAUUGGUAGACGGGAAAAGCUUCAUUGGCAACCCUUUCACGAGUCAGCCAAUGUAUAUUGCAGCAUGCGCUUUUCUAAUGGAAAGUGCAUACUACUCCUCGCCUUCAUCCCGGGGGACCUCCCCUCCACCCCAACCACUAUUGAGCAACUCAUCUAGUGGCUUCGUAAUGCCUACGAUGGAGUCAUCCACUGGGUCAGAACAAAAGUCUACCGCGAAGCACAUUUUGCUCGCUUCAGCUGCCAAGGAGAAUUAUCAACGAUGUUAUAAGGCGUUGAAGGCGUUGGAGGCGUACUGGGAAGGAACCGGAUACAUUCUGACCGUGCUAGACCAGAAGGCCAAGGGGAUCGUCGACCCUCUUCUGUACACAGCAGAGGACAUGGAAAACACCACCGGUGACACUCCCUUCGGAGCUCCUGGCCAGGGAGUUGAAAGACCUCCUGCUGUAGCAGAUGUUCCGACAGAUGGGAAAUGGUCGCCCAAGUUUGACCCCAGUCAUGCCAUUGGAUGGGCAUUGACAGGGGCAACAAAUUCUUCCCAGCCUAAUCUGAGUUUACUCUAUCAAAUGCCAACGACCGAAAACGAAGUACCCGAGAAUAAACCACCAUUUUCUUCGCAAUAUAGUCACAGCUACCCGUCUAUGCUUCAAGUGCCAAAUGCUGGUUCAAGUUCCUCGUUUCCGCACGCCGUGAGUCCUUCCGGCACCAUCGGGGAAUCACCCGGAUCCUCUCUCGCGUCCGCCAAUGCCAAAUACCCUCAUAUCUCCAACCGAAACAUGGGUACCGACUCCCCUUACUACCUCGGAAUGACCUCUUCCUAUCCGGAGCCAAGCACCCGGGCUGUUGCUUCAGCCCAGUCGAGUUAUGACCAGGGUAUUGCGCCCUCUCAAAUGGAUAGUCAGUCCUCUGCAUUCAAUUACCCCGUUUCAUCCACUGCCGCAGAUCAGCAUGGCAGUCAUACACAUAUGCAUCCAUCAAUGCACUCCCACAAUGGAGGUAUGAUGAUUGAAAGUCACGAUGUCGACAUGAACAACAUACAACAUCAAGAAUCCUUUCCUUUCUCAAAUGGGGAGAUUCUGCCCUGGCUUGAGUAUUUGCCUCAAGAUGUUCUCAGCUUUUUCGGCGAUAACCACAACUACCCUAUGAUGAAUCCCGACGACCCAAAAACUCGUCCUCCGCCAUAA